UUACCAAUUAGAACACAAUAUUGUUAAAUAGUUAAAUACACAAAAAUCUCUUGGCGCACCCAGCGCACUACGCAGGUUCUAGUUCGUUUGGAUUGGUAGUAAGUAUACAAUUAAUUUCUCAAUAUGAUAGUCGAAUGGUAUGUGUACUUGUACAUGAGAAUAUGUAAACAAAAACAACAUAUUUGAUUUUUUGUUUGUUAAACAAAGACAAUUUGUAACGUAUAUAUAAAUCGACGGACGAUAUUUUUUUUGCAGUACAAGUGAAUUAGCUUCAAGUUAACGUAUAAGAUAAAGUUGCUUUAUUAAUGUAGAAAAAAACAUUGUACAAAAACAUCAUAGAUUAUAAUAUUAAUAUUGCCAAAAUUAUAUGAAGCAAACUUUACAAUUUUAUAAUUUUAAUUAUUACAAAAUGAGAAAACUAUGAAUAUACCUAAGCCAACAGACUAAUCACUUCACUUCCGUUUUGUCUUAUUGAAGCACAUAAAUAUAAUCGUUAACAUACGUACACUAAUUCGUACCACUUAAUAUAUAAAUUAAACAUGAUUGUUUCGUUAGAGAAGACAAAAUAUGCACUAAUUUCUUUAAAGAAGUUGAAAACUGAACAUUAUAUCAAAAUGAUAGUGUUAUUACUAUCGAUGUUAAUCAACCAAUCAGUGGCUGUGACAGUACGCCGUGAAGAGCCAGUAGACACGACAAAAUCUUUUGACAACUGGACCACGUGUGAGGAAUUCUUGGACGGAGCCAUCUUUGAUGAGAAACGAUUGCUGGACGUAGAUUGGAAAGUGUUCUAUUUCUGGGCUGAGGAAUAUGAUGAAACGUAUAUUGUCAGGUUUAGACCGCCCACGGAAAUGGAAAUAAACAGAUUCAAGGAGGAAAUAGAUAAGAGAGUUCACAAAGCAAGUCGUCCUACCAACGUCAAUUGGAACAACACUGCGUUCUUCGUGGAGUCCACCGUGGACCUGAGCGCUUUCUUCAUCAGGACAGAGACUUCGGGAAAAUUCCGAGUGAUUUCGUCCCUAAUUUUCGAACAUCUGUUACAGCCAGAGGUGAUUUUCGCAAUGAAGAUAGUGGAACCAGGCUACUUGGCUUUCAUGAACUGUGAGUUUAAAGUUGGUGCUGCGCUUGCUCCUGUCGAGAUAAUGCCAAAGGACGACCAGUUAAUAGCAGCAGCGAGCUUGUUCAAAAUGAGAAAUCCACUAGGUUUUCCAUACCGUGUGCAGAACAACGUACCGGACAUAUCAGUAACAGUGGAUCCUAACGAUAUUAUGGAGGACGAAGAGGAGACAGAGGUCCAGAUGCAUGGGGCUCUUUCGCUUGACUAGCUUCACGAUUGCACUAUGGGUAGGCAACUUGAAGGAGGAAAUUGAAAAGAUGCAAUCCAAUGGUGGCCAUUGGAGAUAUUCCUCGAAGCGCAUCAGUUUUGGAGCGCCACUAAUGAAGCGCAUCUUAUCUAUACCUCAUCAUAAUUAAAAUACUUCUACCUGAACGGUUUCUUCAUCAGGAUCAACACAAAGACUCUACUGAAUAUAAUGAUGUGGAUGACGAAGACAAGAUGGAUGUCCAGUGUGUCUGCUUUGCUACAAAGGCAGACCAAAUUCGAGGAUGAAAUAUUAUUUUUUCUCCUCAAUAAUGUCUUGACCACAUUAGUACAUGAUUUCUUUAGAUAAAUAUAUUGUAAUAUGCCUAUUAGCUAAAUGAAAUAAAAUGAA